UUAUGGCAGGUAUGGGUUGCUGAAGACCUGUUCUACCCCGGAUCUUCACGAGUCUUAAUUGAAGUAGGCAGAAGUUAUAUGUGUGUUCAUUAUCAUAGUCGAUGUAAAGGUUAUUGAUGCAGACUUCUUCGUAUGGAAAGUUCCAGGUAUCCAAGGGCGUGCUGUGAUGUGUUGCGGAUUUUUGAUGAUAUUAGUACAAUAAAUUGGAUCUCUCACAUUCGUAAGUUAAUAUUUGUAAGUGGUUUAUCAUAUGUCUGGAUCACUCAGGAUUGUGGUAAUGUUAAAGCUUUUUUAGCAUGUUUUCACAGAGAUGUAAAGAUAUAGAGUUGCAGAAUUGGCAUGACAAGAUAUCGAAUUCCUUUUUUUAAAUUUGUAUUGUGGCUUCAAAACUGUAACGGGUGUUGAAAAGUAUAUAAUAGAAUUAUUUCCUUCUGGGGAUUUAUUAAGAGUAUAUUGUAAAUUUCGUUGUGCAUCACAUGAGUUGAAAGUGCAGUAUAAACGGUUUAAAGCAAAUGAUGAUCCCAAAUGUUUCUGUGUACAAACUGUAAUAGAUGUUCUGUUGAUGAGGAGUUUCAUUUCCUCUUGGAAUGUCCUUAUUUUCAGUCUUUAUAACUAAAAGGAAACCUACCCAGAUAAGCACCUUUAUUGAUAUAUAUGUUUAGAAACAACGCACUGUGUACAUGCAUUUGUGUAUGUUCGGCACUGUGGGCAUUUGGCCUCAAAUGCACAUCAUGGCGGGGUUAAAAACGACAAAACAGAAAUUCAACAACUUUACCAGCAUCUCUCUCUGACUACCCUUUCGUAAUAACAAAGUUCCAGUUUGGCUUUGCAUUUGGCAUUCGUGUGCGGAUUUACGUUAAAAUACCGUAAUCUCUCUCUCUUAUUCAAGCUCUUUAUCCUUGGUAUAUGAAACCUUUCUGCACUUGUCAAUUCGCUUGAGGUUAUUUGAAGGUAAGGAAAUGGUAUCAAGGACGUCUUUCGACGAGUUCCAUAUUUUGAACCCUCUUCAGCUAAAGUCCACGUACACAGAUUAUUAUUCAUAUAUGCUUUGAUUGCAAAACGGUCCUAGUUCGGAAAUAUAUGUAUAUUGCUUGUUUAUUACAACUUAUAUAAACUGGGAAUUAACAUGACGAAUUAACAUGUUAUCUGAGCUGUAAUUAUGUAUCACGUGAUGCUCCUCUGGUCGGAUAAAAGCGAAACAGCUUCGAAUUCAGUUCGUACAUCAGGGCGAGCUUGAUACAGAACUUGGCGCCUACAUCUCCAACGAUUCCCCACCAAAAUGAUCCUGCAAGCAGCCUUACUCUUCGCUGGUCUUUCUGUGACAGCCAGUGCCAGCACCUGUUGUCCUCCAGUGAGAUUCAGUGCAGUGCAAUCUGUCACCAUUGUCAACUCCACGUUUGCUAAGGAUGCUUUGUAUUCAUUCACCUACGACGGCAUCAACCAAAGAUACGUCAUCAGCGGUGACCUCAGCGACGGAUUCGUCACGACCACCAAAGUAAUCUACGAUUACCCGAAGAGAACUGGUUACCGAAUUGAUACAGCGGCACGUACGUGUUCAGCAUUCCGCCUUCAGGGGCAGUUCAAGGAUCAGGAGAGUGUUUGCGUUCCAAGCGGUGCCGUCUCCUUGGGCCCUUUCUUUUACGGCUACGAUAUUGGCAGGCUGUCUUCAAGGGCAUACACUUACAAUAGCACCUCCGUCAACGGGGAACAUCAGAAAGUCGUGGCUACCGUCACACGGAAAGACUGUGUACCAAUCGUCAUCACCACGACCACAACCGGCCCAGAAGGAAACGCUCUUAAAGUUCUCGGGUACAACGACGUGGUUCCGGGCAUCAGCGACUUCUCUGUGUUCGACAUUCCGGCAUACUGCUAUGCGUGAUACCAUCAUCUGAAGAGAUACAUUGGGAUCUGUUUUUCUCAAGUCACUUUCAGAAUGUAUCAUCUUGCCAGAUGUACAUGAUAUGAAUAAUAAAAAUGCGUUCAGCAAAAUUG